CGCUUGUUGACUUUUCAUAUGAAACCGAAAUACGGGGCUUCAAAUUCGAGGUCGGCAUUUCUAUCUUGACAACAAACAGAUAUGGCAUAUAGACUAAAGUGUAUACAUUACAAGGUGGGUGUCCAGUAUAUGUCCAUCGUGAAAUAAUUGUAAUUUUGUUUUCAUUGUAUGAUACAAGACACCCUGCGGCGGUWAGUCACAUCACAAUUGAAAUUCUUUCUCAAUCUUUGCCUUUCUUCAAUCCAUUCUUGACCAAUGGGAAGAAUGAGAGAUUCAAUAUUCUCCUGCAGAACGAAAACGGUCCCUGUCCUCUUCUUGCGGCAGCGAAUGUAUUACUGCUGAAGAAAUCAAUCGCGCUGCCUUCGAACUGCAUAGGAUCCGGCGUCGUGACUAUCGAGGAAUUAACAAAUAUAUUGGCGGAAAAAAUGCUGACCAACAAUCACGGUGAAAAUGGAAGCGACCAUCACAUCAACGAGACCCUAAGAAUAUUUCCAAAUUUACAGUUUGGAAUGGAUGUCAAUGUGAGUGAUAGUGGUUGACUUUCGUAGACAAUGAGUGCAUUCGCAAUCACACCUUCCAUUGUAUUGUUGGAGUGAGAAUUUGAAAAAGAUAAUGGCAAAUUGUUGCGAUGCUAUCCUUCUACUAAAUCUUUUGCAUCUCAAUUUUCCAACGUAUCACUAAAAUGUUGCCGCUUGUAUUGCAGCCAAAAUUUACUUCGGGCCCGACGGGUGUUGAAUAUACUUUGGAAUUAAAUGCUUUUGAUCUACUUCGAAUAAACCUUGUUCACGGCUGGCUUUUGGAACCUGAAGCCCAGGAGUUUGAAUGGGUUGGUAACAAUACAUACAAUCAGCUUCAAAAUCUAAUCAUUGUCGGCAAUGACGCUAGUGCGAGACUCAGAGAAAUAGACGACAAUUGUGACAACUCCGAAGAAUUAUCAAAUCAAGCCACUCGAGGCGCCAUUAUUAGUGCUUUCUUGGAAAGAUCAUCUCACCAAUUAACACAGCAUGGAUUGUUCGUGUUGCACGAAUUCGUCCGGGAGGGUGACAUGGUGGUAUUCUUCAGAAAUAAUCAUUUUAAUGCACUGACGAAACACCAAGAUAACCUUUACUUGCUUGUCACAGACGAAGGUUACGCUGAUGUUAACAGCGUUGUUUGGGAAAAAUUAGAUGUCAUCGACGGUGAUACUGAGUAUGUCAAUGCAGAUUUCACAGUGCCUCCUCCUAUCAAUAAUCAUGUUUCUGAGGUGGAAACGGGGGGACAAAUCUCGACCAAAAAUGCACAAUCGCAAGCAGAUUAUCAGCUGGCUCUCCAGCUAAGUCGAGAAUGUGGACAAGUUUCCAGUGCAACGGCGGUAAAUUCUUUGGAAAGCACAUCUUCGCAUAAAGAUCAAUCAARUGUUGACAAAACUAUUCGAGCCAGUUUAUCAGAUCAUAAAAAUCAGCGGUCGGAAAAGGUGGUGGCCACAAUGGCGUCGGCAUCCCAAUUGCAAUCUUCAGAAAAUAUUUUUGGUCCAACUUCAGGAAGUUCAGCGGAUGAAAUGCUGCAGGAGCAGAGUGAUAUGCUAUUGGCUCUUGAGCUGCAGCGCCAGGAGGAACURCAACAGGCAAGAUUACGACAACAACACAAUAGAAGAAUGCAAAAUCAACGAACAAAGGCAGCGUCGAAAGACUCAAAUUGUACCAUAUCAUAGGAUACCAAUAUAUUAAUCUUUCUAUU